AUAGGUGGGGAAUGACAGCUAUCACUCAGUGAACUAACAAUCUAAGAAAUAGAUCUGUUUCUCUGCGUACUUUGGCUGUGAUUUGUUUUCAAAAUUGUUAACUCCUAACCGGAAUGUGUGAUUGAGCAUUCACUGGAAGCCAUGAUAUUUUAGAGAGGCGCACGGUGGGUAGAAGAUUCACAAUUUUGAAGAGAAAGCAGUCUUAAACUACCAUCAAAAUCCCAAUGGCUGACAACAACUUUCCUCCUCUGCCUGGCUUUAUUCCACUGAAGCCAUGCUUCUACCAAGACUUUGAGGAGAUACCUGACCAGCACCGCACCAUGUGCAAGAGGCUCUACUACUUGUGGAUCUUGUAUGGCAUCACCCUGAUGGUGAAUUUCUUCGGCUGUAUGGCAUGGAUGUUUGGUGGUGGAGGAGUGACUAACUUUGGCAUGUCGAUCAUAUGGGUUAUUCUCUUCACCCCAUGUUCCUAUGUGUGCUGGUUUCGACCCAUUUACAAUGCCUUCAAGACUGACAGCUCCUUCUAUUUCAUGGCAUUCUUCUUUGUCUUCAUGGCACAGCUUUUUAUUACCAUAAUUCAGGCCAUUGGUAUCCCAGGAUGGGGUGUUUGCGGCUGGUUAGGCACCAUCUCCUUCUUUGGCACAAGCAUCUUUGCCUCCAUCAUUAUGCUAAUCCCCACGAUCAUGUUCACUGCAGUCGCUGCCAUUUCAUUUAUCGCCCUCACUAAGGUUCAUAACUUCUACCGAGGCAGUGGGGGCAGUAUGAGUAAAGCCCAGGAUGAGUGGGUGUCUGGUGCCUGGAAAAACCCUCACGUUCAGCAGGCAGCUCAACAGGCAGCUCUGGGUGCCGCUGCAGGGGCAAUGCAGGGUCAGCAGGUACCGCAGUACUCAACACCCACCUAUGACAACACUAUGUAACACAGUAUGAAAGAGUGAAUAGUGAAUAGAUUCAGACCAAGCUGGAAACCUCUUGUUGGCCUUAGCUAUUUGUGAUGUAGCUGUAAAAUGUUUUUAUCAGGAUACUUUUGUCUGAGCUAGGAUGAUGAAAGUGAUGUUGUAAAAAUCCUGUAGAAAGUUUUCAUGUUUUAAUUUAAUGUUUGUGGUUUAUUUCAUGUUUUCUGCAUAUUUUAGCUAAUUUGUUAUGUAUCGAUAUUUAAAAAGUAGUAGAAACGUCAUGGUGAUUUCUAUAUUGUAUAUACAUUUUUUAGCUAUGCUCAGAUCUGAAAUAUCUU